AUGUUUCUUAGCUGUGCAUGUGUUGCUCCUGAAAUUUUUAAUGGUUACUUUGGAUUUCAAAAUGAACUGGAUUGCCAUCUGACCCUAAUUGAAUUGACUGCUCUUUCUAAGCAUAAUCGGGGUGCAACGAUUGACUGUGCUGAACGAAGAAGGCGAAACUCUGAUUCAGCUGUGUAUUUCAAUGCAAAAGAAGAAUUGCCUUUUUUGAGACUUCAAUGUCUCGAAACCGAAUUAACAAAUCUCCGCAAGAGAAUUACACUUGUGGAAGUAAAGACCGAGAAUUUGGGAUCAUACUCCUCGGAGGAAAAGGAAACUGCAUCUUUAGGAACACCCGAUGAAGAAUUUGACUUCAAAUCAUGGGACCUCAAGAAGAUGGAGAAAGACACUAAAAAGAUGGAAGGAUCGGAAGGAGGCGAGAUUAAACCGACAGCGAAAUUAAUGGCUAGAGAAAAGAUGGAUUUUGUACAGAAGUAUUUAGAGAAUGUGCAAGAGACGUACAGUGUGACUACUGAGGCAAGUGACAGCGGUUUGGGAACACGCACUGCUGUGUCUGAAGGGGAAACGGAAGACGUAGAAGAUUCAAUAAGACUUUGCCUAAAAGAUCUGAGGGAAGAGUCAAUUGAAGAGCUGGAUAGAAGACUUCGUGUUGAUGUUGUUGGGUUCCAAAGGUUUAUUCAAUUUUUUGGUCUUAAAGGAGUUCUUAUGUCUGUGCAUCCGAUUAAUAUGAAGAACAUUGCACGAAUCUUUCCUAACACUCCUGUUGACCUAGUAAGGCAGUGUUUCGAUGCUCUGCAAAUGUAUGAUCUUAUCGAUCUUCUGGAAAAGGCGGUGAAAUUAAUGUCGCUUCGUCCUUUCCUUUCUCCGGAAGAAGUAGAGACGUUACGGACUGAUAAUCUUCCCACAAAGUCUCACAAGAAUGUGGUAGUAUUGGUAGUAAAUGACAGCUCGAACAAGAACCUCAGUAGUAAGAUUGAGAGAUUUUUUAAAGAAUUAAAUUCGCAGAACGAAGUCACAGUAGUUCAAUCUUCUUGUUCAAAACUCAAAGGCAGCAUCCUGAAUAAAUUUAAAUCUCUGAAAAAACGGGAGAUAAGUCUCAGAGAGGAGAAAAAGAGAUUAUGGAGUGAAGUGCAGAGUACAAGAAAUCUACAAUCCAGAGAUUUAAUAACAAGUCAACUUUUUCAAGUCAAUAAUGAUGCCGCACGACUUGAAGAGGAAAUGGAAAGCUGGAUACCGGCUGCAGAGGAACUGCUGAAAGAGACUCAGCAGGCUAAAACGAUCAUAACAUCUACUUUAGACCUCUGGAUUCAGAAUCAAGAGAAAUUCACCGCGGUAUUUUUGUUUUUCAUCAUCGGAAAAACGGAAUCAAUUUACGAUUAUGAUGUUUUAGCAGAAUGUGUGGCGUCCAAGUUGACAUCGCUUCCACAUCACACGAAAAUUGUGGUUGGUUUUCCAAAGAGCAUAAUCGUUGAUAUUCCUGAGACUCUUUCUUUUGGUUUUCGUCGCACGCCAAUGAGAUAUUCGGUCUAUGAUGCGAUGAUUGAGAUUUUCAUCAAGCGACACCACAAAUUGGAUCUCGUUUCAAUGUUACGAGAACUAAAGAGAACUCAUCUGGAUAUAAAUUCAGUACUAUAUGAAGACCCUGUCCAUAGCGAUCUUUCUACUCUUGCAAUGCUUGAGAAAAAGAGAGAACAAGAGCCUGAACGAAGCUAAUCAUAUGUUAAUUAAACGGAACACUAUUUGAAAUAUAUUUAUAGCUAACUGAAGGUUAGAAUAGAAUAGAAUAUUGUGCACGUCCCCAUGGUGCUUUUUUUUUUUUUUCUGUUUUUAAUCAACGGGUAAACUGUGACUUUAGAUUAAUUUUAUCUAUAUAAGAUUUUUAACAAAUUCUGUUUGUAUCAGGGAGUUUCGUGACUCAACGUUUAGGAAAAGCUAUUUACAUCCAAAUAUCAAGCCUUUGCCGCGAACAAUUUUAAAUUUAUUUUCAAAAGUACGACGAAUGGAACCUGUGUAGGGAACGUAACUGAAUUGCAAUUCAAGGGAAUGUUCAUAGAACCUUUUCUUUAUGAUUAUCUACAAGGUGUUUUGAACAAAUUUUGACUCAUCCUUAGAUAUGAGCUGUGGGAGGGAGGGGUAACGUGAGGGGAAAUUUGUUAGACGAAAACGAAAUGAACUCGAGCAUGCUCGCAUGCAAGAGAGUUCUCUCUGCUGGAAUUUACAUCUUUCGUCUGCUUCCACGCUUUCCUCGCUUGGUUGCUUUUACAAGCAAAGGUAAAAAGGAAAAAUCGUUAGUUGUCAUCGAGUUCGGCUUAAAUUAGUAAAAUAUUGAUCGAUGGCUUUUUAGACUGGUAGUUAGGGGGGAAGGUAGAGAAUGCAUAAGACUUUCAUUUAUCACACGAUGUAACCGUGUGGUAGUCCAUGCAAGCGAACAAUAUUUCAAAUUAAAAUAGUGAUACCCUAGGCCUAUAGGAAAAGAUUAUGGUGCAAAUUCAGGUGUGAAGACUAAUUUUGAUGUGUUAUUGAAACUUUGUAACAAUGUAGUAUCAGUAUUUCGAAUAGAACGACUGAAGUGAUCCUGAGAUUUGAUAGCAUUUUUGUGUUUUGUAUAAAUUAGCUGCUGAGAGCGACAAUUACCAUCAUAUUUUUGCAUUCACCUUUCCUUCACCUUCCCUCAUUGUUUCCCCGCGUAUUCUGUUAUUAAUGCAUUCUUUCUUUCGUUAUCCCCUAAGUUCACCAUUGUUAGUACUCCUCGGUUUCUAAAUAUAUAUCAUCAAGUCGCUCUUUAGGAACGUUUAAGUUCUUUUACUGUGCAUGUAACACAUUGCAAGACCGAUGAAAUUCUACUUCACACCUACUUUACCAGUUUAUACCAACCGGUGUCAAGAGAGGUUUCA